GUGAGUUGGUUUAGUUGAGAAUAUUGAGGCAUGAAGCGGUGUAGGUUGGGAGUGUGUUCUUUCCUUUUCUUUUUUUAAAGAGAAAACAAUAUAAUAAAUUGGACUAAUUUUGGCAUCCAAGCAACAACUAGCUAAAUAUGGGACGAUGAAGAUGUUAAAGUGAAACUGUGGUUUUAUUUUUUUUAUAUAUAGUUUGACUUGUUUUUUUUUUAAUUUUUUUUCUUUGAUUUACUUUGAUUUUGUCGUGAAAGCCGUGGCGCUUCAUCUUGUCCGAAGGAUGGAUCAGGUGGAGAUUCUGAAGAGGUUCAUUCGGCGAGUCCAGGCCAUGACUACCGGGGACCAAAAAGGGGAGGAUAACUUCGGCAGCGACUUUAUGAGAUUACGAAGAUUAUCCACCAAAUAUAGGACUGAAAAAAUUUACCCCACCAAUGUUGGAGAAAAAGAAGAAAAUGUUAAAAGGAAUAGAUAUAAAGAUAUCUUGCCUUUCGACCACAGCAGGGUAAAGGUAACGUUAAAACCCUCCCCUCAGGACUCUGAUUACAUCAAUGCUAACUUUAUUAAGGGAGUGCACGGGCCAAAGGCAUACAUUGCAACCCAAGGGCCGCUGGCCAACACGGUAAUAGAUUUCUGGAGGAUGAUCUGGGAAUAUAACGUUGCAAUUAUUGUAAUGGCUUGUCGAGAAUUUGAAAUGGGAAGGAAAAAAUGUGAGCGAUACUUUCCAUUUUAUGGGGAUGAACCCUUAUCUUUUGGACCAUUUCAGAUUUCUUGUGAGGCUGAACAGGCUAGAACUGACUACUUCAUAAGAACUCUCCUAGCUGAGUUUAAUAAUGAAUCACGCAGAAUAUACCAGUUUCAUUAUGUGAACUGGCCUGACCAUGACGUUCCCUCAUCAUUUGAUUCCAUCUUGGAUAUGAUCAGUUUAAUGCGGGAAUACCAGGAACACGAAGAUGUGCCUAUCUGUGUACACUGCAGUGCUGGUUGUGGGAGAACAGGUGCAAUUUGUGCCAUAGACUAUACAUGGAAUUUGCUUAAAGCUGAGAAAAUUCCAGAAGAGUUCAAUGUCUUCAGUUUAAUUCAAGAAAUGAGAACGCAAAGGCAUUCCGCUGUACAAACGAAGGAACAGUACGAGCUUGUCCAUCGAGCUAUUGCACAACUCUUUGAGAAGCAGAUACAGCUGUAUGAAGGCCCUGCAAAGAAAAUCACAGAUGGUACAAAUGAAAUUAGUCCUGAAAACACUGCCAGCUCCUUGAAUCAGGAGAAAGGGGACUCUCCCCCACCGAAGCCGCCUCGAAUCCGCAGUUGCCUUGUUGAAGGGGAUGCCAAGGAAGAGAUCCUGCAGCCUCCAGAGCCUCUCCCUGUCCCGCCUAUCCUGACACCUUCUCCUCCGUCUGCCUUCCCCACUGUGACUAAAGUGUGGCAGGACAGCGACCGAUACCACCCCAAGCCGGUGUUGCACGAUCUGGCGUCUAGCCAAGCCACUGACCACAACAAAAACUAUGAUAAACCCACAAAGCCAGUCUCAAAGACGGAGACCUACCCAGCUCCCAUAGAGCCCUUUGAGAAAAAACUUGAGCGAAAGCUGAGUAUUGAGAUCAAGAAGGUGCCUCUUCAGGAGGGGCCAAAAAGCUUUGAUGGGAACAGCAUGCUCCACAGGGGACACGCAAUUAAGGCCAAAUCCUACUCUGUCAUGGAGUCAGGUGGUAGUUCGUUUUCUGCAGAUUCAGCCACUGAGCCCCUGCAGAACCUCUGUUCAGAUUGCUCAGGGCCCGACAAAGGGAGCUUGCAGACUGCGGGUCAGAGGCACACAGGAUCUGACCCUCCCCCGAGACCCAACCACCUUCCCCUUAAAGAGAAAGGACAUGCUGCGUGGUCUGUACCGAGCCCCGAAAAGGCACCGUCCUCUUCUCCUGUGUCUGCCGAAGAGAAGCCUUUCAGUAUUCCUAGCCAGGUCCCUAAAACUAUUGCACUGACAGCAGAACCUCCCUUGCAGGCAGUCUCCACAAAUACCAGCAAUAGACAGUGUGCCCAAACCCCGCCAACCGGAAUGGCACUUAGUUUUAGCAACCCUCUCCAUUCCGAUAACUCUGACUCUGAAGUUGAUGGGAGGGACUCUGAUAGAGCCCUAAAAACCAAAAACCUAUCCAGUAUUUCAACCGCAAGUGCUACUGUUUCAGUCACCACUACUGGGGAAAAUGUUACAGCUAGAAAAGUAACAUCUAUGUCUAUCGCUACCCAAAAACCAUCAAGCUCGCUCAGUACGGAAACAUCAACAAAUUCUGAUAACAGUGAAGACUCUCCUCCCCCUCUGCCUGCAAGAACCCCUGAAUCUCGUCGUCUGGCAAGUGAUCUUGAUUCUUUAACCCAAAAAACACUUGCUCCUAGUCAUUCUGCAGAGUUCUGUGGAAACCCACUCCAAUCACCUGAAGGAUUUCAACAGAUAAGGAGUAAGGGUAGAAAAACAAUUAGGAGUACAGAAAAUGGUGAAGUGGACCAACUGGAAAUACUCAACCUCUUUACAAACCAUGGUCCCCGUCUAGGAGAUAAUAGAAACCUGGUCAAUUCUGUUGCACAAGAGAACACAGCCAAUGCCAGGGGAGACACGGUAUCACAGAGAGGAAUCUCAGCCGAAAGCACAUCCCUAGGCUUCAGGAACCGCUGUACAAAACCAAGGGGCCCCAGGGAUGUCCCUUCAGAAUGGACAUGAUGGAUCAUGAAGAUAACGUGGAGUCGUCUUCAUUUCCAUCAAGUGCCACUGUAUAUUAAAUAGAUGCAACAUAUUCCACAACACAAUCCUUAUUGUUUUUUGUUUUUUUGUACUAACAGUCUCAAGCAAUGUAAUUCUUCUUGAUAACAAUGGUACAUUGUUUGUCUGUACAUCUAUUGUUUGCCAGGUGUGUAAGUUCUGGUGCUAAAAUUGUUAAUCUUUGUUUGCUGGGACCAUUUACCUGCCUUAUUUAACUUUUAGUUAUAGUAUUAUAAACUUUUAGAUUUUUUUUUUUAUUACAAAAAAAAUUAUUCUGUUCUGGCCUUAUUUUUUUUUACUGUGUAACAGUG